AUGUUUCAAUUUGAACCACCACGUUAUCUUUAUGAUCAAAAUAAACACCCCAAAAUGUGUACCGAUGGGCUCCGGACUCUCUCCCUCCAAUUCUCGCGUCGCUUUAGGCUUUGCAUAAGCAGGUUUUCUCUUCCAAUGCGAAAAUAUCCGGUUCUCUUUCUGAGAGUCGAGCGCUCUCCUUCCGCAUCUCCGCUCGCUUAUUCGAGAGCGCUUCUCAUUUUGGGUGCGCCACCAACAGAAAUCCCGUUUUUUGCAGAAGUUAAGAUCUGCAACAUUUCCGGUCCCGUCUCGUACCCUAUGGGUAAUUGGGUCAGGUUCCGUGGCUUUGCCGUCUUCCAUUUGACGCUGUAA